GCAAGAUCAGUGACAGUGAACCAUGAUCUCCAUCUGCUCUAUCCUGGUCACCAUAGUGCUGUUUUCAGAGAUGAACAGGCACUUGGCCGUGGAAGCCUUGUCUUCGUCUAAAUUAGAAGAUGGUGCCACAGAACAAGAAGGUCUGGAUUCCCUGCUGGCCGACGAGCUCAUGGCUGAUCCUACAUGGGUUCGCCCAAUGGAAAGACGCUACUUUGCACUAGAUGACAACGUGAGGGAUGACGAGAACCCUAAAUUCAUUGUCUUAUCGGACACGAGGCUGAAAGGACACCGCGUCCGUGGGCUGAACCCCGUCUUCACCCGGGGCCGUCCUCUGCUCGCAGACCAGAGCUCGAGCCGCACGCCCGGAGACUUCAGUCUGAAGAUGGAUAGAAGAGACACCGACCUCGACAUGCUGCGAUGUAUGAUAGGACGAGUAUACCGACCCUGUUGGGAGGCGUAAACACCUCGACGGCGCCGCCGCUGCUGCUCCAUGAAUGUUCUGGAAAUUAUUCUCUCCGUGUGUGUAACACUGCAAUGCAUUAUUUGUUGAAAAAUCAGUGCAGACAAACGUGUACAAAAAAAAAGUUUAUUAAAUGAAACAUUCAAUGUAUUCAUAACUUUCAUAACUACUUAAAUAGAUUCCUCUUCCAUCUUAUGGUUCACGUCUUGAUGAUUAGGAAUAAAGUGCAAUGAUCAAAUACCGACUCUGAUCUUUUCAAGUUUCAGCCACACACACGUCCAUGCUGCUAAAAAUGUCAACG